GGAGCCUCCCGUAUCUGUGUUGCCUUCCAUUUACGCAGCUGAUGCAGAUGAUUUCAUCCAAUUUUGUACACUGAUUUUCAAGUGAAAUAGUGACUUAUGAUGUGUCUUCCAUGAAAGUUUUAGGAUAAGGGGGCUGUUGUAGUAUAACAGCAUUCCAUAAUGGGAGGUUACUCUGACAGUAGUGAUGAAGAUCGAAGACGAAGGAAGAAGAAAAAGAGGAGGUCUUUGUCGAGAUCCAGAGAAGCCAGUGUAGGUUCGUCAGUCAGUAGCCGAAAAUCAGCAAAGCACAAGUCAAAGAAAAAGAAGCGACAGCGAUCCAGAAGCAGAUCCCCUGAUGCCAAAUACAGCAGACGAAGAUCUAGAUCUCCGAGUCGAGACAGAGGCUACAGAAGGUCAAGGUCAAGAUCAAGAGGGUACGAUAGACGAUCCAGAUCAAGGUCAUAUGAUAGAGGUCGCAGACGUUCAAGGAGCAGGAGUCGUGGACGUGGUUCGUACAGCAGAGAGAGAAAAUACCGUAGGUCUCGAAGCAGAGACAGGCGAUCCAGGUCAAGAAGUUUUUCGAGAAAAAGGUCCUACAGUCAUGACAGAAGAUCAGGAUCCCGUGGUUCUACCAGGCACAGGGGGAGGCGCUCUAGAAGUUCUUCUCAAGAUAGCCGAUUGGACGCUUUUAAGAAAGACAAAGAUGACCCAUGUGCUCAAGUUCCUGGGUUUUCAGACAUGACGCCAGCAGAUCAGGCUAAAGUGAGGAUGCAGUUGGCCUUAAGAGCUGCAGCUGCUGCGGAUGAGAAGCUGAAAGAACAGGGAGUAUUAUUAAACCCUAAGGCUGCUAUGAGCGCUGGAGAGCAGAGGAAGUUCAAUCAGGCAGUGCAAUCCAUCGAGAAAGAAAGCUUUGCUCCUGCUGCUUUCACCUCUAAUAGAGACGAUCCUUCCACUAAAGAGGAAGAUGAGUUGGGAAGAUCCCGCUUGGAGAGGAAUCACGACACGGCCAUCUUUGGUUCCACCAAACUGGACAUCAAGCUCGACCCGUCAGAGAGAACGAAUGUUGUGUACAAUGGGGCCAUGUCCCUGGCACAUCCUAAUCUUCAAAAAACCACACAAGAGAAGAUGAGCCAGUGGAUAGAGAAACUAACAGCUUUGAGGAGAAAGAAACUGGAAGGGGAUAUGCUAUCAUGACAUUGAAUAUUCAUUGAUAUGAAAAAACUGAAAGACUGAAGAGCGGAUGUUGUUUUUAGAUAGCUUCUUUGAGAAUGAAGAAUGCACAAUGCAGGGCUGGACUAAAUAACAAAUGACUAAAAUUAUUAAAUUGAAUACCACAUGCAAAUACCCUUCUGUACGUCUGUGUGUCAACAGUGAACAUUGAAAACCAACACGUUGCCUGAGAAGUUGUAAAGGUAAAUGAUGGAUCGGAUUCGAUUGUACAAUUCUGAUAUUUUCCUGCUUCAGCAUUUGAUCCUCUAAAUAAAACGUCUCAGAACUUAU